AUUUAUUAUUUUUUCUUCCUUUACCUUCUUUGUCUUUCAGUUUUCUUCAAUUGGUUGAUCUGCUUCUCCACCACCCUACUCUCGAUCUUCCCCUUUAAUGGCCGAUGAAGAUCACCUUCAACUGUAACUCUAGAGAGAGAGAGAAUUUUUUAGUGUGAGAAAAAGAGUUUUGAUUUUUAGUGAAAAUUUUGAUAUGGGUUUGUGUUUUUGACUGUGUUUUGAAGCUGAAAAGUGAUUAGGGUUUGUUUAUGAGUGUUAAUUAUUGUUGGGUUUUGUAAAAAGCUUUGAUUUUGAUAUUGAUUUUGAUAUGGGUGGUUGUUUUCCUUGUUUUGGAUCAUCCAACAAGGAGGACACUAAUGCUGUGAAGGAAGUUUCAAAAAAAGAAUCUUUUAAGGAAGCUUCUCUUCCUCAAUCUCAUCACCCCACUAGGGUUAGCUCAGAUAAAUCAAAAUCAAAAAGUGUCUCAGAUUCUAAGAAGGAAAAGGAAGCACCAGUUCCAAAGGAUGGCGCAACGGCACAUAUUGCUGCACAAACAUUUACAUUCCGAGAGCUUGCAGCUGCUACAAAGAAUUUUAGGCCAGAGUGCUUAUUAGGUGAAGGAGGUUUUGGACGUGUUUACAAAGGUUGUCUUGAGAGCACGAAACAGGUAGUUGCUGUAAAACAGCUUGACCGGAAUGGACUUCAAGGAAAUCGAGAGUUUUUGGUGGAAGUUCUCAUGCUCAGCCUCUUACAUCACCCAAAUCUUGUGAAUUUGAUUGGUUAUUGCGCUGACGGUGAUCAGAGGCUGCUCGUUUAUGAAUUUAUGCCAUUGGGAUCUCUGGAGGAUCAUUUACAUGAUCUUCCUCCAGAAAAGGAACCUCUAGACUGGAACACAAGGAUGAAAAUAGCAGCUGGGGCAGCAAAGGGAUUGGAAUACUUGCAUGACAAGGCAAAUCCCCCUGUGAUCUAUAGAGACUUAAAAUCAUCUAACAUCCUCCUAGAUGAAGGUUUUCAUCCCAAGUUAUCAGAUUUUGGGCUGGCAAAACUUGGUCCAGUUGGUGAUAAGACUCAUGUAUCCACACGUGUAAUGGGAACAUAUGGCUAUUGUGCCCCGGAGUAUGCUAUGACUGGUCAACUAACUCUGAAAUCAGACGUCUAUAGUUUCGGAGUUGUCUUCCUUGAACUCAUUACCGGGCGCAAAGCUAUUGAUAACACGCGUGGGCAUGGAGAGCAUAAUCUUGUGGCAUGGGCACGACCUCUUUUUAAAGACCGCAGGAAGUUUCCCAAAAUGGCUGAUCCACUUCUUCAAGGUCGAUAUCCAAUGCGGGGACUGUAUCAAGCACUUGCAGUUGCAGCCAUGUGUUUGCAGGAACAAGCUGCUACAAGGCCUCUUAUUGGAGAUGUUGUGACUGCUCUCACAUAUCUAGCCUCCCAAGCAUUUGACCCGAAUGCAGCCAAUCAGUCGAACAGGGUCGGUCCAUCAACCCCUAGACUGAGGGACGACAGAAGGAGCAUGGCAGAUAGUGUGGAUAGCCCUGACCGUGCACGGCUCGGUUCCCCUUCUACUCGUAGGAACUCACCUGACCUCAGGAAGAGAGACGGUAGGGAUCCAAGUGAGUUGAGCAGAAUUGACACUGGUGGCGGCUCUGGAAGAAAAUGGGGAGUGGAUGAUUUGGAGAGGCAUGAUUCUCAGAGAGAUAGCCCUGUAAAUACCGGAAGAGCUAGAGAGACUCCAAGGAACCGCGACCUGGAUAGAGAACGUGCAGUUGCGGAAGCAAGAGUGUGGGGAGAGAAUUGGAGAGAGAAGAAAAGAGGAAAUGCAGUGGGUAGCUUUGAUGGUACAAAUGAGUGAGAAAAAACAUCACAUCACAUCACCAAACUAGCUUUUGCUUAUUCAUCUUUGAGUCAGGAGAAUUUGUGUUGGUUUUUCUCCCACAUCAUUUUAGUAGUUAGUCAUGUGAAUGAAACAGUUCACAGUUUAAAAACAAAACAAAAAAAGGGUUGGGGGAGAAGUUUAAGUUAGUGUGGAUUUGGGGUAUUAAAAAUGUAAUCAUGCUGCAUUAUGUGAAUUCAACAUCCUUGUCUAUUUACUGAAGAUUUCUAGGUUCAUGUUGCAUAGAGCAUUGUCAAAGGCGUCUAAUUUUUUGGCUUAGUGGAUUUGGUUGUGGGUCUCAUUGCUGUCACAUGUUAUUAUCUCGUACAGUUAUAUCUAUUAUAUAUCGAAUGUCUGAGUCUCUUAUGUUUUCGGCUUA